AUGGCUACUGACAAGUGCAAAAAUACUGUUCUUCACAGAGCAGCUGCUAAUGGAUCACUUAAUGUCAUGAAGUACUUGAUCAAUCAUCAUCACUGUGAUCCAAUGGCUACUAAUAAUGAGGGUGAGACUGUUCUUCAAUAUGCAGCCACCUUGCCAGCCACUUACAACAACUCACCUGAUGUAAUCAAACAUCUAAUCAAUGAGUGUCACUGUGAUCCAAUGGCUGUUGACAAGAGGGGGUGGACACCUCUUCAUACUGCUACUGAUUACGGUUGUUCUGAAGCUAUUGAAUGUCUACUAUCAACUGGUAAAUGUGAUCCAUUGGCUAAAGACAAUAAGGGAAGAACACCAUUACAACUAGCUAAAAACAAGAAACAGAGAA